CUCAACACCAAACCGCUUUAUUCUCUUUAAACAGAUGAAACUCACAUUUUUAACUGGGGAAUGAAUGCUAUUCCGAUCCGCAGUUACGAUCAAAAGGGACAGGUUAUAUUAAGUGGGAGGAAUCAAAAUAUUUUCUCCAAUCACAAUCAUUGACAAGAGUAGUACUGUUUACCCUCCGCAUCAAUGUGCUUUUUGUGGGGAUAAUUUUAAUGGUGAUUAGAGAGGUUAAGAGACCAAGAUUCUGGUCUCUAUAUAUACAAGUUAAGAUCCCUGCAGACUUGCAUCCACCAAGAGUCCUGAAAAUUAUAUUAUAUGUCCUGAAAGACUCUAUUGAACUGUACUGAUUUUGGUUAGUAUCUUAGAGAUAUUAAAUUGUUUAGGAUUACUUAGAACUUGACAGGAAUGGAGAUGAAGCAUAUGAGAAAACAUGAUGGCGCAGAUGGAACAACGGACAAGGAGAAAUGGGUUUAUGAUUCUUCGUUAGAUCAUAGGGGGCGAAUCCCUCUUCGAGCUUCCACUGGGGCAUGGAAGGCUUCCUUCUUCAUUAUAGGAAUUGAGUUCAGUGAGAGGUUGAGUUACUUUGGAAUAGCAACAAGUUUGAUCAUAUACCUGACCAAGGUGAUCCAGCAGGACCUGAAAACAGCAGCCAAGAGUGUCAACUAUUGGGCUGGCGUCACCACAAUGAUGCCCCUUCUCGGAGGAUUUCUAGCCGACGCCUAUCUUGGCCGAUUCUCUGCUGUUCUUGCAUCCUCUAUCAUUUAUCUCAUGGGCUUGCUUCUCCUGACAAUGUCCAGAGUUGUCCCGGGCUUGAAACCUUGCGACAGCACAAUUUGCCAAGCACCGCGAAAGAUCCAUGAGAGCAUCUUCUUUGUCGCUAUGUACUUAAUCUCCAUAGGGACAGGCGGGCACAAGCCUUCCUUGGAGAGUUUUGGAGCUGAUCAGUUUGACGACGAUCAUCCUCAAGAGAGGAGAAAAAAGAUGUCCUUUUUCAACUGGUGGAACCUCGGCCUAUGCGGUGGCCUGGUGCUUGGCGUCACUGUAAUAGUUUACAUCCAAGAUCGCAUCGGCUGGGCUGCUGCAGACAUCAUUCUUACUGCAGUGAUGGCUCUCACCAUACUUAUAUAUUUCCUAGGAAGGCCUGUUUAUCGCUUUAGGAAGCCGUCGGGUAGCCCCUUCACUCCGCUGAUGCAAGUGCUUGUAGCUGCCAUUUCCAACAGGAACCGGCCUCAUCCAUCUAAUCCCAAUCAGCUUUACGAGGAUCCUAAAUCGGACAGCGCCCAUGGACGGCCCCUUCUGCACACUGACAGGCUUAAGUUUUUCGACAAGGCUGCAAUAAUCGGAGAGGGACAGAGCUCCUUAACAGAGAGACAGAAUCCAUGGAGAUUGGCAACUGUAACAAAAGUGGAGGAGAUGAAGCUGGUCGUAAGCGUGAUUCCAAUCUGGAUAACUACACUCCCGUUCGGCGUCUGCGUGGCUCAGGCGGCGACGUUCUUCAUCAAACAGGGCACGACGCUUGACCGGAGAAUCACCGACACUUUCGAACUCCCACCGGCGUCGAUCUACGCCCUGGCUGCAGUGGGGAUGAUAAUCUCCGUCGUGAUCUACGACCGAGGGCUAGUGCCGUUGCUGAGAAGGGUGAGGAACAACGAGAGAGGCAUCACCAUUCUACAGAGAAUCGGGCUGGGGAUGAUCUUCUCGGUGGCGACCAUGGUGGUGGCGGCAUUGGUGGAGGGGAAACGGCUGGCGGCGGUGGCGAGGGAUCCGGUGAAGGGUUCGAGUUCGAUGAGCGUGUUCUGGCUGGCGCCGCAGUUUCUGAUAAUCGGAAUGGGAGACGGGUUCGCGCUGGUGGGGCUGCAGGAGUAUUUCUACGAUCAGGUGCCUGAUUCGAUGAGAAGCUUAGGGAUUGCGCUGUAUCUGAGCGUGCUUGGUGCGGCCAGCUUCAUCAGCAGCCUUCUGAUAACGGUGGUGGAUCGUGCGACGGAGAGGGGCGGGAAGAGUUGGAUCGGGAAGGAUUUGAACAGCAGCAGGCUUGAUUGUUUUUACUGGCUGUUGGCGGGGAUUACAGCUGCCAACAUUGCUGUUUAUGCAUUCAUUGCAAGCAGGUAUUCUUACAAGAAUGUCGUCAGGGACACCUCCGGCGGCGACGCCGCCGCCAAUUGUGCUGCUUGAAUAAUUAGAUUGUUUGUUGUGUGUAUGUGUGUUUGGAUGUGUGAGAAUCAUGAAUCUAUCUGUAUAUUGCAAUUUAUUAAGAGGGUUUUUAAGGUCGUGUUUCUAAUUUUCGUAUUGGAUUCUGAUCCGAUUGGUUUGUGGAUAGCAAAUUCAAUGUUGAUAGAAAUCGUUGGCCCAAUACAUUGUGAGCCCAGAGUUUGGUUGGAUUUGGGCUAAAUAAUAAAAACUAAAUAUUAUUCAA